UCUCCACGUACACGACAAGGCAGUCCUACUCCGGUCAUGGGUGACGAUGAGAUGGCACAGGCCAUGAGAAACAGUCGAAUGAUAAUGGACGAAGCCGAUGUUCUGCUCAACGCCGCGCCUCGAUCAUACCGACGAUCUUUCACAACCGAUUCUAUGCUCCCCUCAACGGCUGUUCCGAGCUUCGAAGUGUCCGAUGACCAGCAAAGCUCGGCAGCGGCAAGGCAGCCACCGAGACGUAGUUCUCGCCGUGCCGCUUCGCGAUUGACACCCACGGCUCUGUCAAGCCUAUUUUCCGAUAGUGAUGAUGACGAACUUUCGGAUGCAGACUCGGAGCAUUCUGAGGAUGAUGCCGGUAGUCGGAUACAAAACGUCAGACGCACAAAUGUCACGACUGGAAGUCAACUCCGAACUUCUCGGGUCAUUAUUGAACAGACGCCGCAGGAGGUUGCAGGGCCAGAUGAAAGUGGCUAGUACCACCUGGGAAUUUCAGCCGAGGAGAUCAAUCUUUUCGACUGUGCUGAUCCUUCAGCUACGCUGUUACGAAGAGCUGGUGUAGUUGAAGUCGAUGCGUCGGAUUGGGACGAUGCGGAUCCAGUGGCCCUCCACGAGCUAGAAAGCGGACGACCAUUUUCAACGAUGUGAGAUGCCCUGCACUUAUUGAUGAGCACAGUGAGAUGGAUCAUUCAUUCUUAGAUACCCUUUUGGAUGUAGCAUGCAUUUGGGCAGCGGCUGGCAAUUUCAUGAUCGUUAUGGGCU